AUGCUGCAUCAUAUCACUAUCAGGAUGUGCAAACCCUCGUCCAUAUUCCUCAGCAUCCUCGCUAUCACCCUCACAGCAGCCCAAAUUCCCCCAGACUAUAACUUCUGCACGGGUGACAAAAGCACCUUGGGCCAUUGCGACACACUCACAUACGUAGACACUACUCUGGCCGCCAAAAAUCCACCCAACGCGACGGAAUGCCAGGAAGCUUGCAGUAGUAUUUUCCAAGAUGCUGGAGAGUGGGUCGUUCAUCUAGAAGGCAAACCAGAAGGUUACCAACAACACAUGCACAAUGCGCCCUGCGGUUUUAGCAUGGGUGCCAUUCCCAAUAGUUCACACGAGUUUUCGUUUGACAUGAAUAACCAGGAUAUGGUUGACAUCAUCGAUGAGGCGAUCAAAAGGUUCGCGGGGUUGCACGAUGGGAAAGUGGCGGCGCAAGGAACGGUGAGAUGUGAUGGCCAUGAGGCCAUGUGGUAUGUCAGCCGGGAUGCGCGGUAA